AUGGGAGAUUUCAACGCACAAAUCGGGCCAGAUAACAAUGGAAGAAAGCAAGUGAUGGGUAAACAUGCUCUCGGCACAAUGAACGAUAAUGGGGAGCGUUUCUAUGAAUUAUGUAACACCAUGGGCCUCACCAUAGGAGGUAGUCUCUUCCCGCACAAACAUUUGCAUAAAGUCACUUGGGUUUCCCCAGAUAAUGCAACAGAAAAUCAAAUCGACCACAUUGCCAUCAGCAAAAUGUGGAGACAUUCAUUAUGUGAUGUCAGAAAUAAAAGAAGUGCAGACAUGGCUUCUGACCACCAUCUACUAAUCGGUGAAAUACAACUCAAAUUAAAUGCGGUCUUUAGAAAGCCACAAUUCAAAAGGAAACGGUUCGACCUCGCCAAACUCGACAACCCUACUGUUCAAAAUAACUAUCAAUCUCUUUUAUCGGCCCAAAUCCCUAAUCCCUUGCCACUAGAAGAAGAAAUCUUUGAAGCCGAAACUUAUUGGGAACAAGCAAAAUGUGCCUUCACUGAAGCAGCACAACAAAGUGUCGGUAUUCCUCAACGUCAAAAUAAUCCGUGGAUCACCGAACAUUCAUGGAAUCUUAUAAUAGCGCGCAAAGGAGUAAAAGAAAAGGUUAACAGGGCAAGAACGCGCCAAACAAAGCAGCAGGCACAAGCCAACUACAGUAUUGCCAACCGCAAAGUUAAACGCAGCGCUAGAGCCGAUAAGCGCAGAUGGCUCGACAAUUUUGCAACAGAAGCCCAAAAAGCAAGCGAAUCACAUAGGCUCAAAGACCUACACAACAUCACUAAAGCUAUGGUGGGACGUAAACACAGGAUUGCAGAGCCAAUAAAAAAUACCAGGGGCGAACUAGUACAUUCUACCGAAGAUCAGCUAAAAGUUUGGGAAGAUCACUACAGAAAUCUCCUAGCGGGAAACAACACCUAUCCUCAGCAGGAACUAUGUAGUAGACACCACGAACAUGUUGCUCGCAACGAUAUAAACACAGAUGUACUUAACAUCAGUGAAAUUGAGGCAGCAAUAACUCAGCUUAAAGCAGGUAAGUCCGCUGGUCCGGACAAUAUUGCCCCCGAACUGCUCAAAGCAGACAAAAUUUCAGCUGCUCAAAUUAUUCAACCAAUUGUCAACAACUUCUGGUCCCAAGAGUCAUUACCGCCUAAUCUUAAAGACGGCAUCAUUAUUAAUAUACCAAAGAAAGGUAACCUGAUGGAAUGCUCCAACUGGAGAGGCAUAACUUUACAAAAUGUAGCUUAUAAAGUUAUUGCUCAAAUCUUACAUAAACGUUUAACUUCGGCUGUUGAGCCUACACUACGAGCCGAGCAAGCAGGAUUUAGGCAUAAUCGAUCAUGUGCCGACCACAUAAACAGCCUUUGA